CCGGGGGCUAAAGCAAAAGCGAAAGCGAAUGCUCCUGGCUGCCGGCUGGUCCUGGAGCUGAGCUCGCCACCUCCCUGAGACCCCAGCCUUGCGUCCCGGUGGGACACUGCUGAGGGACGGAUCGGCCAUGACUUCGCGGCAGCUCCGGGGCUGUGGAGUCCACGCCCUCCAGGUGUUGCUGCUACUGCUGCUGCUGUUGCUCCCGCUGAGGGUGAUGCCGGGUACCACAUGCCCAACCCCCAUAUCUGUUGAACAUGCAAACAUCCAGGUCAAGAAUUACAGCGUGAACUCCAGGGAGAGGUAUGUCUGUAAUUCUGGUUUCAAACGGAAAGCUGGCACAUCCUCACUGACCGAGUGUGUGAUUAACAAGAACACAAAUACUGCCCACUGGACAACUCCUAACCUCAAAUGCAUCAGAGACCCCUCCCUGGCUCACCAGAGUCCAGUGUUACCUUCCACAGUAGUGACGACAAAGGUGACCCCACAGCCAGAGAGCCCCUCCUCCCCUCCUGAAAAAGAGCCAGAAACUGUAUCUCCCAAAUCAGAUACCACAUUGGCCACAGAGACAGCUAUUGUGCCAGGCAACCGGCUGACGCCACCCCAAUCAACUUCUGCAGGAACCACAGGGACAGGCAGUCAUGAGUUCUCCCGAGGCCCAUCUCUUGCAGCAACAAUGACCUUGGAGCCUACGGCCUCCACUUCCCUCAGGAUACCAGAGAUUUCUCCAAACAGCUCCAAAAUGACCAGAGUGGCCAUCUCCACAUCGGUCCUGGCCCUCCUGGUUGGUGCAGGAGUUGUGUCUCUCCUUGCCUGGUACAUCAGAUCAAGGCAAACUUCUCAGCCACGUGGUGUUGAGAUGGAAACCAUGGAAGCAGUGCCAAUGACUGUGAGCCCCAGUAGCAAUGAGGACGACACAGAAGCCUAACCACAUAACCUCUAAAACUCAGGGAAACCUGCAAAACUGAGUCUAAAAAGAAGACGUGAAGCCAGCUCUAGGUUAGCUAAGGAGCACCAGGACACAGGGAGCUGGGUACCAGGAGAAAGCUCGCCAUGAUAAUAUAAGGUCUGGGUGCCUCCCGUGUGCACACCUGAAUUCUCUGGCAUCUGGAAGGAUAGCAUCCUUCCACCUGCUCAGUGCAGAGACGAUUAUCCCAAAGUGCAAGCAGCCUGAGCUCUCCUGGCAGACUGUCCUGGCAGACCCUCGUGGUUCUCCAAAGAAGCAUCUAACUUCACUUCAACAUCGAUUCAAAAUAGCUUAUCAGAUAGGCCAGUGGGUCUCAAUAUAUGUGUCAUGACCCCUUUGGGGGAUGUCAAACGACCCUUUCACAGGGGUCAAAUAUCAGACAUCCUUCAUAUCAGAUAUUUACAUUACGAUUCAUAAUUACAGCAGCAAAAUUGCAAUUA